AUGCAGCAGACGCCUGGGCCAGAGCUGGAUGACUCUUUUGAUUUUCUGUUCAAAAUAAUUCUCAUUGGGGACUCAAACGUGGGCAAAACGUGUGUGGUGCAAAACUUCAAAUCUGGGGUGUUUUCAGAAAGGCAGCAAAACACCAUAGGGGUGGACUUUACAGUAAGAACACUGGAUAUCGAAGGGAAAAGAGUCAAGAUGCAGGUCUGGGACACAGCCGGUCAGGAGCGCUUCAGGACCAUCACUCAGAGUUACUACCGCAGUGCCCACGCAGCUCUUAUUGUCUAUGACAUCACACGCAGAUGUACUUUUGACUCUGUUCAACACUGGAUCAAAGAGGUGGAGCUGUAUGGAGCAACCAAUGUAGUCAUGGCUCUGAUAGGAAACAAAUGUGACCUAGAAGAGGAGCGGCAGGUUCGGUUUCAGGAGGCCUGCGCUUUGGCAAAAGACAAAGGGAUGUUAGCAGCUUUAGAGACAUCUGCAAAGGAGAGCCAGAACGUAGAUGAAGCCUUUAGGAUGAUAGCCAGAGAGCUGAUGUCCCGUAACGGCCUUCAUGUCCACCAGGAGGACGGGAUGGGUCCUCCACACACUCUGCUCCGGACCAACUCCAAACCCAUAGACAUCGGGGCCUCCGCCUUCAUGCAGGAUAAGAAAACCUGCUGUUGA